UUUCAUUCAUUUAUUCAUUCAAGAUCUCAUUUUGAACAUAUCUAAAAUCACCAUAUCCAUAUCACAUUCAUUUUGUUUAUAAAUUUAUUCGUUCAACAACAUUUCAUUCAUAUUCAUCAAACAUGGAAGCCGAAUUUCAUGAUUAUGAAAAGAAUGAAAAAUGGCGAAAAAUUUUCCGGAAUAUGAAUUCAAUGUCAAAAUUAUUUCCCAGCAAAGAAUCAAGAAAAAUUGAAUAUAACCGAUUAAAUCGUUAUACUGAUGUUGUACCAUAUGAUAAGACUCGUGUCAAAUUGGAAAGAUAUAAUUUGAAUUAUAUCAAUGCCAGUCAUGUUUCUGUACCAUUAGCUAAUCGUAAUUAUAUACUUACACAGGGUCCUUUGCCAAAUACAUCUGGUCAUUUUUGGUUAAUGAUAUGGGAACAAAAAUCUAGAGCUAUAUUAAUGCUCAAUAAUCUAAUUGAAUGUGGUAAAAUUAAAUGCCAUAAAUAUUGGCCUGAUGGUCAAAAUCAAGAUGAUAUUGAUGAACUAUUUUUCGAUGAUGUUAGCCUUAAAGUUCAAUUAAAAUCGAUGGAAAAAUUUAAUUUCUAUAUUUUAAGAACAUUUGUCCUAUAUGAUUUACUGACUGAAACUUCCAGAGAGAUUUUACAUUUUCAUUAUACAUCCUGGCCAGAUUUUGAUCUACCACGAAGUUGUGAUUCGUUUUUAGAAUUUUUAUCAGCCGUUAGGCAAUCAGGUUGUUUAAAUAUUGAACAAUAUGGACCACCUGUGAUUCAUUGUAGUGCUGGUAUUGGUAGAUCCGGAACGUUUGUUUUAGUCGAUUCAUGUCUUGUAAUGAUUGAAAAAAAUAAAUGCAGAGAUUCAAUCAACAUAAUUGAUGUGUUAUUAGAGCUUCGUACUUAUCGUAUGGGUCUAAUACAAACACAUGAUCAAUUACGUUUUUCAUUUAUGGCCAUACUUGAAGGCUCAAAACAAAUUACUAAUGAAACAAAUCAUCAAAUAUCACAACAACAAACAAAUAUCAAAACUAAUACAUCUAAUAAUGUUAAAAUCAAACGAUCAUUUGGUUUUGUUGAUGAUAAUGACAAAGGAGAAUAUUCAGCUAAUAUUGAACAUUCUAACAUUGUUUUUAAUCAUAAUACUGUUGCCAAUGAUAAAAAUGGUAAUAAUUUAUCCGAUGAUGGUUAUGAUGAUGAUGAUGACGAUGACGAUGAUGAAGAAUAUGAAGAAUUCAUAACUGAAGAAAUUGAUGAUCAAACUAAUAAUGACUCACUGCCAAAUAAUGAAUUAAGCAUUACCGAUAAUAAUAGAAAUAGUCAUGAUGAUGAACGGCUACUGGAAAGAAAUAAAGAACGUGAAGAAAAAAGAAAGAAAAUAAUGGAAACAAUACAACGUAUUAAACGAAAACAAAAAGAAGUGGAAGAAAGGUUAAAAUUUUAUCAAAAAUUUAACAAAUAUUUUAAAACAUUUUCAUUCUGUUUUGGUGUGGCCAUCUGUGUUGGAUUGGCUAUCUAUUUUAAACGACAGAAUGAAAAUAUUACUGUCGAUAAAUUAUUAUGAUUUACUCUCUCUACUUUAUUUCAAAAUUUGCUAUUUGUUUUUCAUCGGGUGCCUUUUCAACAAAAAUCAUUUGUCUGUUUGUUUGUGUAAAUAUCUCUUACAAAGAAGAAUCUAUAUCCAAUAAUUUCCUCAUCAUAAAUAUAUAAA